GAGGAUGGCGAAGGUGCAGAGGGAGGAGGAGGCGAGGAGAAGCGCGGCAGGAGGAAGGACGAGCGGGCACGAGGAUCGUAGACGAUUCGACGAUCAUAGAAGGAGGCAGGACACGGGUCUUAUUCCGGCCUAUUUGGUCUUGAACAACUCGAGGAGGCCCGUUGUUGAGCGCGCGAGACAAAGGCAGGAGGAGGUGGAGAGGAGGAGGCAGGAGGAGGCGAGAAGGGCGAAGGAGGCGAGAGAGAGGGAGGAGCGCGACAGGAUCAUGAAAGAGCAGUGGAGACGACAGGAAGAGGCGAGGUUGAACGCGUUGCCUGUGAGCGCGAGAAUAAUAGUCCAACCUCAAAAGCCUAAGGUGAUACCGAGGAUAGGAGAAUUCGAUUUCCCGGGAGCUAAUCCAUAUCAAAGAGGAGUACAAUUCCCCAACUUCCCAGCCCCACCCACUCGACGACCACCUGUAAAAAGUCCCCCGCCCUGCGUCUGGGCUGUUAUCCAAUGUUGUCCAUCGAAUCAACGUCUGGUCACAUGUUUCGAGUCCUUGGGCUGUCCAGGUGUCAAUUGGGAUUCGAAUCCUUGCAGAGAUAGCGUCUCUCAAGCUGCUAGGGCACAGGUGGAGAAAUUCUACAGGGAAACCGAGGACGAGGAGGAACGUUAUUGAAAGGAAACGAGAAAGUGUAGAUUCCAUAGAUAUUUUUAGUACAUUUUGGUGAGGAGCAUUUCUGCGAGUAGGUCGAAAAAUUCAACCAUCAAAAUUUGGAAUUUGAAAAAUUUUUCGAUUAAAUAGUUAUUAAUUAUUGGACGAACAAUAUCAACAAGUGGAAUUCGAUGAAAAAGUGAUUUUCAAAAUUUUAAGAGCAAUUUCGUAAAAAAAUUUUUUUAUUAAAAAGUAACCAUCAAUUAUUAGUAAAUAAUUGUUAUAUUAUAUAUAGAUGAAAAAUUUAAUCCAUUAGCUCUAUGAUAUUUUGAUAAAAAAAUCGUUAUGAAGGAAUAAUACAUAUAAAUAAGGAAAAUGGAAACGUAAUUUCGUUUUCCAACAAGUUAUAACAUAAAGAAUUGUUAUUAUCAUAAAUUUUCGAUCAAAUUUUUAUUAAACUUGCAACUUCGUUCGAGAAGAAAAGUAAUUCGAUCUACCGAGUGCCCUCAUCAAUAUUUUUAAAUAACAAAAAUAACCUAUGACACGUUGGAAGAAGAGCGCCGCUUGUGUUCUUCGUAUUCUUAGAACGUAAAGACGUUUAUAAUACGAUAGAUCCGCUAUUUUUCUAUUCCGCUUCUAUCAGAUCGUCGUUGCACGACACGAGCCUUUUUAAAUAUAACAAAGCGAACGAUUGCGCCAACAAUGAUUUCGAAAUCAUCGUUGCAUUGUUCUCCUUAUGAAAUCGAUGGAUCAGAAAUUUGGCGAACAUUUUAAAAUUUUUUUUUUUUUUUUUUUCUUUUUUCUAGAAGUCGUUUCGAUCGCUCUUCAGAAUAUAAAAUAUUUCGCGAGAGUUUCGAAAUAUACAUCGAAGCGUGGAAAUAAAAACUUCGAGAAAAAGUAAAA